GUCAGUGGACCAUAGAUUUACAGUGUGAACUAAAGGGUGCUGUUCGUGGCUGUUUUGGUCCGUUCUUUAGUAAUGUGGGAUUGUCAGAUCUGGCAAAGUAGACUUGUUGUCAGCCGAACAUCUGGCAUCUUUUAAAUGUUUCCACAACAUUAACUCCAGACAAGCGCUGCAUGCACAUUUGUUUGCUUGGGCAUUUCAAUUUUUGGAAGAGGAUAAACAAGACUAUCAAAAUCAAAGCAUUGUAGAGGAAAGACUGGUGGAAUUGGUGUAAUGCAGAAACAACAUCCCACUGAAUCAUCUUCACAGGAUCCUGGAAUAAUCCUUGGAAUGAUUCAGAAACUGAAUCCAUUCAGGUUUUCCUCACAGAACAGAACCAGUGAACCUCUAAUUGUCUCUGCAGCAGCACACACAGAUGAGAAAACACAGGGCAACCCUGAAGUUCAAACAUCAGACAUGCCAGAAGUUCUUUUGUCCAGUGAAGGCAACCCUCUAGAUAGUGAGGAUGAUGAAGAUGGUUUGCUGGCUUGGUGGAGAAUUGUGGAAGGUUGGGGAGAAUGGAAUGAGUCAACACAGUUUAAUGAGAAAGAUGGAGAAAAAGCAAUAGAAGCAGCAGCUAACAGAGUCUUCAUGGCUGCCAAACUCUUCGUUCAUCUGCUCAACCAGCGGGAGGUGUCGCUACAGCAGCGGAUACUUGAUUUAUUAGCAUUAGCCGAUGCGGCAGACAGCUUCCACAAGAAAACGGUAACCGCUAGCGUUGGAGGCGGGGUGGCCAGCGUAGCCGGAAGUAUCACCACCAUCACUGGCCUGGUGAUGGCGCCCUUUACCUUUGGGGCUUCUCUUAUUGUAACGGCGGUGGGCAUCGGUGUUGCGACCGCAGGUGGAGUGGCAUCUGCGUCUGCAAAUAUCACAGACACUGUUCACUCCAACACAGACAGGAAGAAGGUGGAGAAGAUGAUCCAAGACUACCAGCACGAAAUUAAAGAUAUUAAAGAAUGCUUGGACUUUCUCCAGGCCGGUAUGGAGACUCUGGAAGAGUGGAACUUUGAGCAGUACAUGGACAGCAUCUCCAAAAAGGCUCUGAACCUGAACAUGAAGCACGUGUUGAAAGAGGGUGGCCGGGCUGGGAAAGCUCUCCUCGUCAACACUGAAAAUCUCAUCAACACGGUCCAGGUCCUCAGUGUAGCGGGAGGAGCAGCCAAAGCUGCCCAGGUCAUAAGCGUCACCACAGGCGUCAUGUCAGGUCUUUUCUUGGCCCUGGAUGUCUUCUUCCUGGCUAAGGGAUCACUGGAGCUACGGAAGGGGGCCAAGACAGAGUUUGCGACUAAGAUCAGAGAGGUAUGCAAGGAGCUACGUGAUGGACUGCAAGAAUUGAAUUGCAUCAAGCAACAGCUGCAGAAAAGCAUGGAUGGGGUUGAGAUGGUGAUGGAUGAGGAUGACGAUGAGGAGGAAGAGAAAGAAUAUGAAUGAGAACUGGCAAAAUAAUUGUCCAGCUAGAGGAAUAAGCUAUAUGAAAGUGAGCAAUAAAAAAUGGGUAAAAAAAAAAGGUCACCAAGCACUUAUAGAGGAAGAUUAAUAUUUCUAUUGUUCUCCAGUGGUCAUUCUAUUUUCAAUAUUUUUUGUUUUCUUAUCUAUUUGUUCUCUUUUAUUCAUUUUAUAUAGCCAGAGUGAAGAGAGCAAAAAUCCUCCCUCAGAUGCAUGCUACACCUUGCUCCACUCACAAAUACAUUUUCAAAUAUUCAAAUGCGUUCGUUCCAAUUUGCAAUAAUUGUUUUAUCAUAAAUAACCAACAUUUCAAAUGUAAAAUGUACUACAAAUGUAGAUUGUUUUUUUUUUUGUUUUUUUACACUGUAAAUGCUUCCAAUUUACAUUAAAAUAUAUAUAUAUAUAUAUAUGUACAACAUGUAUUUAUGUAUGUGUCUGUAUUUGUGUGUGUGCAUGGGAAGGGUGUGAUUCAGGUUUUGCUUGAGCCACACACACACACACACACACAUUUUUUCUAUCAUGGCGGGGAUGCUUCAAUUUUUAUUUUUAUUUUUUUUAUUUUUUCUUUAUGAGUAUGUGAUUAUCUUAAAGGAACAGAUAGUUCUUUUAAGUACCCUUCCUGUUCAACUACCACUGGACCUUGCUGAGCAAUGCAACUAAAUCUGAAGAGUGAUGAAAAAUUACUGGAAAAUGUGCACAGCUUCCAUUUUGUCAGGCAAACUCUAUUUUAAAAGUUGAUUGAACUAUUAAAUAUAGAAAAGGUUGAGAUUACUUAAAAAAACAAUAAGCUUAACCUUUAUGCCAUUCGUUUAGAUCAGCUUAAAAAAUGUAAACAGCAAGAACAUACAAUGUAAAGUUUGGUUUUGAAGGUAGAACGUACAGGCUUUUGAGCAUGCUCAGUUUGAUCACAUUUGUGGCAGAAUAACUCCCCCAUGCAAUCACUGUUAGUUUUACAAGGGAUAUCAUCUUAUUUAAUAUAAUGUAUAUAUGUUAUGUAAAUAUGAAUAAGUAAUAUUUUCAUCAGAAUGUUGGAUUGCUGUAUUGACCUUACGGUUGACAACAUAAUGCACAAUAACUGCAUAGGAUUGUCUUUUUGGUGGAUUUUCUGUGGAAACUGUGAACUUCAGUGAAGUGCUGGAAACCCAAUGUUUACUGUUGUAAGUUUAUUAAGGCCAGGGCUCCCAUGAAUAAAGAAAAUCAGAAAAUAUCAGGCAAUUUAAAACUUGUGAUUUUGAUUCUUAAAGGGAUAGUUUACCCAAAAAUGUUAAUGCUCUCAUCAUUUAUUCACUCUCAUGCCAUCCCAGAUGUGUAUGACUUUCUUUCUUCAGCAAAAGACAAAUGAAGAUUUUAGAAAAAUACAAUGCAAGUGAAUGCUGAACAGACAUUUGUAGCUCCACAAAUCACAAAAAGAAAACAUACAAGUAAUCCAUAUGACUCCAGUGUUUAAAUACAUAUCCUCAGAAGCAAUAUAGGUGUGGUUAAGAGACAGAACAAUAUAACAGAACAAAAAGUCUUUUUUAACACUAAAUCUCCACUUUCACUUUCAGAUGUGAAAUUUAAACUAACAGGCACCACAUGUGGCUUUAAGAUGUAAAAGUGAAAGUGGAGAUUUAGAGUAAAAAGGACUUAAAUUUUGAACUGUUUCUCAUCCACACCUAUCAUAUCACUUCAGAAGAAAUGGAUUUAAACACUGGAGUCUUAUGGAUUACUUUUAUGUUUCCUUUAUGUGAGUUUUGGAGCUACAAAGCUCUGAUCACCAUUCACUUGCAUUGUGAGGACCAACAGAACUGAAAUAUUCUUCUAAAAAUCUUUGUUUGGUUUCUGCUGAAGAAAGAAUGUCAUACACAUCUGGGAUGGCAUGAGGGUGAGUAAAUGAUGAGAGAAUUUUAAUUUUUGGGUGAACUAUCCCUUUAAGGAUCUUCUCCAGUAAUCAUGGAAAGGUCCGGACAAUUCAUGGGACAAAAGAUGUGUGAACUUCAUAUUGUUGCAACUGCCACUGAGCAUGCCAGUUAGAGAAGCAAUUUGUGUGGAGGCAAUACCCAUAAUCCCUUGCUUGAAUGUAUUUGUGUGUGUUUGGUCGAAGCAUUGCGACAUAUGAGGACAUGUAACUAAUUGUUGUUUAGAAUUAAUAGAUGCUCUCUUGGGUGUUUUAUUGAUGUCUUGCUGUAAAAAGUUGUGUUUCAUUUGAAGUCGCCAUCAGGGAGAUUAGUGUUUGCUUUGGAAAAUUUUCUUCAGUUUUCAGGUUAAAUUAACUUUUUUAAAGUUGUGGUGAUCACCUACACUGUUGUUUAAGCCAGUCCAACUAAAUGCAUUUUGUAAGGGCAUGAACUUUAGUGGAAAUGAAAAUCUGCUUAACAAUGAAUAUCUUGUUCCAAACUUAAAAAUGCAAGCUUGUUGAACUUGGGUAUGUUGAAAUCACUGUUAUUUCUGAGUGUUUUGGACAUAAUUUAUUUAGUUAAAUGAAAACAAGGACAAACUUAAAUUGUUAAGUUGAUACUAAUUUGCCUUUAAGUUGAGAAAAAAAUAAAAUAAUUAUAAAAUAAAAUAAAGUCCUGAAGCUGGUUGCCAAAGUUUCUCAACUUUUGAAUUUUUAGUGUAUUUGAUUUAAGUGGAAUAAACAUAAUUGUAUUAUGUUGGAUUUACUCAGUAUUAUUGAGCUGUUUUAACUUUAAAAAAUGAGUAUUUUCAACUCACAUUUUAUAUCUUAAAUGUGCAUAAAUCGAUUUUGUGUAACCACUUACC